AUUAGUUCAGUCAGAUGUCCCUUUCAAUGCCAGCAGUGACUACAGAGACACGUACAGGGAACAUCCUCUUCCUCCAAAGUCUCAGCGAGAACGAGAGCAGUGGACUAAACCUGUGGUUCCCAUCGAUGAUUUAACCACCCAGCAGAGAGACUUUAAAGGAGAGUACCUGCCGAAACAGAAAAGUAUGAAACCACAAACCAGUAUAAUCAAAUCUGAGGCGCCGAUAGAUGGAGAUACAACACAUUCUAUCACAUACAAGCCUCAUGAUCUGCCUCAGAAAUACAGACACGAGCCUCAGAAAUACACACAGCCAGAGGGUUCCAUGGAUUUUAAUACCACACACGGCAUGCAGUUCACGGAACAUCCUUUAGAGAGGCAAGGUUUAUACAAACCAGGCUCUUCUGAUAUCCUAAAGGGAUCUGGAGAAAUGGUGAAGAACACAAAUUACAAUAAAGAUUACAAAGAACAUCCCCUAAGUCGAGUAGACCCGAUAAAACCAAAGAAUGAAUACACACAGCCUACAGUGCCAAUGGAAACACUAACAGAGUAUCAGGCUGAUUUUUAUGGAAGAAAACCCGAGCCUAGGCAAGAAUUUAAGCCAAAAGACACAAGAAUACAAUCCGAUCAACCUUUCGAUGACAGAACAGAUUACCGAGACAAGUUUACUGAGCACAAGAUUACGCCGAGGGAACAGAGACCAAGAGAGGUUUAUAUCGGCCCAACGGAACCUCUUGAUGCGAGGACCACGGCUAGAGAAGCAUACUUAGGGCCGUAUCAGCCAAAAGAGAAGAGCUUUAAACCAAAUAAUGAUGCCCUAAAGUCAGAUGCACCUUUUAACAGCAGUACUGUAACAAACACAGAUUUCAAAGAGCACAAAGUCAGCAG